UUGUUUGUUUGUUUUUUUUUUUGUGGAGGGGUAUCACGUCCAGCCGAGGGAGUGAACAUGUCGAUGCACUUCUAUCAAAUAAGCAGUAAACUGCUCGGGGACACUGUUGGGAAAAUGAACGACAACCUGACCUCCAUAGUUCUGGCAGCUUCUGUCAUCACCCUCACCCUGGGAUAUAUUUCCAAAAUGCUGCUCAGACAGUCCUCUGACAAGGAUCUGAAAUAUCCACCUUACAUACCCUCCAGCGUCCCCUUCCUGGGUCAUGCCAUCGCAUUUGGGAAAAGCCCCAUUGAAUUUCUUGAGAAUGCUUAUGAAAAAUACGGCCCCGUGUUCAGUUUCACCAUGGUGGGGAAAACCUUCACCUACCUGCUGGGCAGCGAAGCAGCCACACUGCUUUUCAACAGCAAGAAUGAGGAUCUGAACGCCGAGGACGUCUACUCCAGACUGACCACCCCAGUGUUUGGCAAAGGAGUAGCCUAUGAUGUGCCAAACCCCAUCUUUUUGGAACAAAAGAAGAUGUUGAAGACCGGACUGAACAUUGCUCAUUUCAAAGAACAUGUGAAAAUCAUCGAGGCAGAGACUGUAGAGUAUUUUCAGAGGUGGGGCGACAGCGGGGAGAGAAACCUGUUUGAAGCCUUGUCCGAGCUGAUCAUCCUGACAGCCAGCAGCUGUCUGCAUGGGAAGGAGAUCCGUGGCAUGCUGAACGAGCGAGUGGCCCAGCUCUACGCCGACCUGGACGGAGGAUUCAGCCAUGCCGCCUGGCUCCUGCCCGGCUGGCUGCCUCUGCCCAGCUUCAGGAAGAGGGACAACGCUCACAGAGAGAUCAAGAACAUCUUUUUCAAGGUGAUUCAGAAACGCAGGAGAUCUGGAGAGAAAGUGGACGACAUCCUGCAGACCCUCAUCGAUGCCACCUACAAAGAUGGACAGCCCCUGGACGAUAACGAGAUCGCGGGGAUGCUGAUCGGUCUCCUCCUGGCGGGUCAGCACACGUCCUCCACCACCAGCGCCUGGAUGGGUUUCUUCCUGGCCAGAGACAAAGCUCUGCAGGAGCGCUGCUACGCCGAGCAGAGGGCUGUGUGUGGAGAGGACCUGCCUCCACUCGACUUCGAUCAGCUGAAGGACCUCAGUUUGUUGGAGCGCUGUUUAAAGGAGACCCUGCGUCUCCGCCCGCCCAUCAUGACCAUGAUGAGGAUGGCUCGCUCUCCUCAGACUGCAGCGGGCUACACCAUCCCUGUGGGCCACCAGGUCUGCGUCUCCCCGACCGUCAACCACCGUCUGCACGACACCUGGGCGGAAAGGAUGGAGUUCAACCCCGACCGCUACCUUAACGACAACCCUGCUGCAGGGGAGAAGUUUGCUUAUGUGCCAUUUGGAGCCGGCCGUCAUCGCUGCAUCGGGGAGAACUUUGCCUAUGUCCAGAUCAAAACCAUCUGGUCCACUUUGCUGCGCAUGUACGACUUUGACCUGGUGGACGGUUAUUUCCCCACAAUCAACUACACCACAAUGAUCCACACCCCUCACACCCCCGUCAUCAGAUACAAGAGGAGGAAACAGUGAGAGACUGAAGGAAGACAGUGAAGGGCGAGGAGCAAACGACAUCCUGAGUGGUUGAAGUGGAUCUCUCAACUUACUGGGACUUGAAUUGAGGAAAUUUUAGAUGAGCGCACUUUGCUGUGUCUAAACAUCAAGCCUAUGCUUUUACAGUUCCUUUAUUUAGAUCUGGAGUCCAGCCCUUUCCCCUGAAUGUCAGAAUAAUAGGUAAUUGUUAGAUACUUGUGUUUCCAGAGAAAAAUACACUUGUUGUGUGACUCUGACUUGAACACUGAUGCUCAUAUUCACAAUGUGAAUUCUUAUAAAAAUAGAAAUGGAGAAAUAAUAGAGUGCCUUGAUGAAGGGGAGAUAUGUCUAUUGACUGAAUAAAGCCUGAGGGUCCAUUGUAUGAGGGCAGGUUUUAUUCAGUGAAUAACUACACUGAGUAAAACCAGAAUAAAGUUUUACUUUUCUAUGUUCCAGAUUUGCGUUGAGAGAUAGUUAAUAAUUUUAUCAGCAGUUUUCCAUCAAAUUUUAAUAAUCCUGUGGAUGAAGGCUCUUGGAAAGAACAGUUGGCAAAACCAAUCCACCACAAGGUUUUUAGUAGCUGUUGUAGAGCUUUUGAUUGCAUCACAUGAUCUUCCUGAGCAGAGGGAGUUUGUCCAGCUGCCAUGGAAGUGUAGACAUUCAACUGGCUUCUUGUCCAAGUUGGCUUAAAGGUUUAGGCUGUUAGAAAAGCCUCAGAAAAUGGACAACACCUACAAAAGCAUUACGACUGGGGGAACUCACUCUGCUGAGGAAGAUCAUGUGAUACGUUUGAAAGCUCCAGAACAGCUACUAAUAAACCUUCUGGUGACACUGUUUUCCCAGCUUUAUUAAUCCCGCCGCCCGAGACAGACCAUUCUCCUUUUCCUGCAGAGGAAAUUUGCACCGAUGGCGGAAAAAGACCCCAGUCAACAUUCAAACUGAAUCGCGAUGCUGUUC